GUGGACAAGAAAGUGCACGAUGGCCGCCCUCUGUUCGCGAGCUGAGAUCGGGGAUUUCAGAUCUAAGCGUUGCGUUCUUCACUGGCUUUACAAAUUCCAGAGGGGCGCGUCAACGAAAGCGUAAAUCAUCCGCAAUCCUUUCCGUCUCUCCUUUUUUUUUGGGUCAAAGCUAUGCAUCACCGCGAUGAUCGUAGCUUGUGAAAUGUUUGGAUUGCGACAUUUCGUGUUUGUUUCGAAACAAAUCUGUUUUUUUCUUUUCCGAUCUUGAUUUGAGUUGCUUCUUACUGGUGAACUCUCUCUUUUCAUGAAAGUGAGGGAUGUUCAUGUUUCCGAAGCAUAAAUUAAGCAUCUGGCC